AUGGAUUUGAAGAGUGUCCUCUCCCUGCCCCAGCACCCAGGGGAGUUCCUGCACCCCGUGGUGUACGCCUGCACGGCCGUCAUGCUGCUCUGCCUCCUCGCCUCCGUCAUCACCUACCUCAUGCACCAGAACGCCAUCCGGAUCAGCCGCAAGGGCAGGCACACGCUCCUGAACUUCUGCCUGCACGCAGCCCUGACCUUCACGGUGUUCGCCGGGGGCGUCAACCGCACCAAGUACCCCAUCCUGUGCCAGGCGGUGGGCAUCGUGCUGCAUUACUGCACGCUCUGCACCAUGCUGUGGAUCGCUGUGACCGCCAGGAACAUCUACAAGCAGGUGACCAAGAAGGUCCCACCCUGCCCGGGCCCAGACCAGCCACCGUACUCCCAGAAGCCCCUGCUCAGGUUCUACCUCGUCAGUGGAGGGGUUCCUUUCAUCAUCUGUGGAGUCACGGCUGCCACGAACAUCAGGAAUUACGGGACGGAGGGCGAGGACUCAGCACACUGCUGGAUGGCCUGGGAGCCCAGCCUGGGCGCGUUCUACGGGCCGGCGGCCUUCAUCGCCCUGGUCACCUGCGUGUACUUCCUGGGCGCCUACGUCCAGCUGCGGCGGCACCCGGAGCGCCGCUACGAGCUCAGGGAGCGGCCGGACGAGCAGCACCGGCUGACGGGGCCGGAGGCCGGCAGCCACGGCGCCAGGGCCCCCCCGGGCGCGGCGCCCGCCUGCGCCACCCUGGCCGCCUCGCUGCUGCAGAACGAGCACUCGCUCAAGGCCCAGCUGCGGGCCACGGCCUUCACGCUCUUCCUGUUCACGGCCACGUGGGCCUUCGGGGCCCUGGCCGUGUCCCAGGGCCCCUUCCUGGACAUGGUGUUCAGCUGCCUGUACGGAGCCUUCUGCGUCACGCUGGGGCUCUUCGUGCUCAUCCACCACUGCGCCAAGCGGGACGACGUGUGGCACUGCUGGUGGUCCUGCUGCCCCUCCCGCCAGGACGCCCCGGCCUCCGCGCUCGGCGCCCACCACACGCUCGACGCCAACGGGGACGCCCUGGGGCACGCCGCCUGCCUGCAGGACUCGCCCUGCGCGGGCAAGCCCCGGGGCUACGGGCACCCGCCCGGCGGCCACUGCAAGAUGACCAACCUGCAGGCCGCCCAGAGCCACGUGGGCUGCCUGUCCCCGGCCACGCCCUGCUGCGCCAAGAUGCACUGCGAGCAGCUGCUGGAGGACCUGGGCCACGUCCACCUGCGCGAGGAGGACGCGUUCGGCCACGACCUGCACCUGCACCGGUGCCUGCAGGGCAGAACUAAGCCCCCCUACUUCGGCCGGCACCGGGCGGCCGAGCAGGAGUACGCCUACCACAUCCCGUCCAGCCUGGACGGCAGCCCCCACAGCUCGCGCUCGGACAGCCCCGCCAGCUCGCUGGAGGGCCCGGCGGGGAUGCACGCGCUGGCCUGCUGCGCCCAGGGCGACCCCUUCCCCCUGGUCAGCCAGCCCGAAGGCGGCAGCAUCAGCCCCACGCUCUACGGCUGCGGCCCGCGGGCCGGCAGGGAGGGAGGCCGCGGCCCGGCCCACUUCGAGAUGCUGCAGAGGACACAGUCCCUGCCCUUCGGGGGCCCCGGCCAGAACGGGCUGCUCAAGGGUGACGUGUGCGAGGCCGUGCCUUACGGUGCCGACUGCACAGGCAACAUCCGGACGGGGCCCUGGAAGAACGAGACGACGGUGUAG